AUGGUAGCCGUAUAUGGUCGGGCGUUCUCACUCUCCACUCCCAUAUGUCGUUUAAUUUCAGCCCAGUCAAAACUUCCGGCAGGGCUUCAUGCAUCGUUUCGAGGCUUUCGUUCAUCAUGCCGACACUCGGCGGUUGCGGUCGCGACGGCUGCUUCAAAGGCCCCAGAUGGGUCAAGGACGAGGAACAUUGGCAUAAUAGCCCAUAUUGAUGCUGGCAAGACGACCACUACCGAGCGCAUGCUCUAUUACAGCGGCCACACUCGAAGGAUUGGCGAUGUUGAUGAAGGUUCAACUGUCACCGACUUUUUGCCCGCGGAGCGAGCUAGAGGGAUCACUAUCCAAUCUGCAGCCAUUACUUUUGAAUGGCCUCCGCCACUGGCUGGCCUAGAUUCCAAUCCAGAAGAUCUUGUGGCCAAAGUCCCAGACAGUCAGCCGCGAUCACGGUUUUCCCACAACAUCAACCUAAUCGACACGCCUGGGCACGCGGACUUUACUUUUGAAGUCCGCCGUUCACUUCGAAUCCUGGACGGCGCAGUUUGCAUUCUCGACGGUGUGGCCGGGGUCGAGGCUCAAACUGAGCAAGUUUGGGCACAGGCUGCGGAAUGGAAGAUCCCGAGGAUAGUGUACAUCAACAAGCUCGACCGGGACGGUGCUGCUUUCGGCCGAACCGUACGCGAGAUUGGCUCACGCCUGGGUGGCUGGCCUGCCGUCUGCCAAAUCCCGUGGUUUGAAGGUGGGAAAGGCAGAUUCACAGGCGUUGGCGAUGUCAUCAACCUGGAAGGACUGCUAUAUGAAAGUGGCGGAGAUGGGAAGGAGAUCCGACGAUAUCGUCUAUCUCGUCUGGAACAGGAGCAUCCGGAGUUGGCCCAGGAACUACGACAAGCUAGGGCGGCUUUGGUCGAACUCUUGAGUGAGCACGAUGAUCAGCUAGUGGAAGCGUUCUUUGAAGCCGAAGAGGACCAUUUGAACAUUACUCCUGCACAAUUACUGGACAGUCUACGGCGCUGUCUUUUGGCACCAAAUAGCACGAUCAUUCCCGUCUUUGCUGGUGCGAGUUUUCGCAACAUUGGGGUUCAGCCACUGUUGGAUGCUGUCACUAACCUCUUACCCAGUCCUCUGGAAAGACCUGAUCCAGAUAUCAGUUUGGGCUCCAGUUCAGGAGGGCUGUCCCAGUUGAUCAAAGGCGACUUGACGUUCCUCACCAACGCCGACAGUGCAGCAAAGGCCAAGAAAAAGGGGCAAGCUCUACCGCCGGCGGCCAUCGGCAAUGCUCUCCAAGGCUGUGCGCUUGCUUUCAAAGUGGUCAAUGAUCCACGUAAGGGCGUCCUAGUCUAUAUUCGGGUAUAUUCAGGCUCGAUAGACCGCAAUGCUCUUCUAUACAAUACGAACCUGCAAAACUCGGAACGCGCGACCACUCUUCUUCGAAUGUACGCGAACGAGUCGGUCCCUGUACAGACCCUCCAUGCCGGCGAGAUCGGGGUGAUUGCAGGCUCAAAGUAUGCCCGAACUGGAGACACUUUGAUUUCCUAUUCUGGGAACAAAGCUACGCCGCCGGAACCACUGAACAAGCUCCAGUUGAGGCCCAUAAAGGUUCCUCCACCGGUAUUCUUCGCAGCCUUGGAGCCUAAUAGCCUGAGAGAGGAGAAAGACAUGCAUGAGAAGCUGGCCUUACUAUUGCGAGAAGAUCCUAGCCUUCAAGUGUCUCAAGACGAAGAUACUGGUCAGACCCAGAUCAGCGGAAUGGGUGAACUGCACCUCGAAAUUGCGGCCGACCGGCUCGUCAAUGAUUUAAAAGCGAAAGCACGGAUGGGUAAGAUCGCCAUUGGCUACCGUGAGACCCUACCCAAAGCAUCAACCGCAAUCACCAAGGUUUUGGAGGGUGAUCGUGCGGCCACGAAAGGAAAAGCGGGCUGUACAGCGCAGGUUGAGCCGUUGCGGGACGAUAUCGAACAACCUCUGUCUGAUUCCGACGAUGCUUAUCGCUAUGAACAAGACGGCAACGUGAUCGUUAUCGAAACACCUACGUUGGAUGAAAAGGGACGGCCUAUUGGGCCCGACGAUGCGGCCUUGCCAGCCAAUUUGACCCUGCCAGAGAUCCAGACGGCCUAUCUCAACGGUGCACUAGCCGCGCUGAGCCGUGGUCCAUCAUAUUCUUAUCCGAUGCGUAACACCAAAGUCACACUCACCCUGCGCCCAGAGGAACACAUUUUUGGAUCUGAAACAACCUAUGCAUCACUCACCUCUGCGGCCCGACUUGCCACGAGUGCUGCGUUCAAGGAGGCGACCAAGGACGCACCGUCGAUAUUGAUGGAGCCGGUGAUGAACGUCGAUAUCAGCGUCGACGAGGCAAGUCUAGGCAAUGUCAUCCAGGACAUAUCGUCCAGCCGCGGAGGCCAGAUUUUGUCGCUAGGAGAUCAUGACGAUGGUCAGGACAUGUCCGGAGACGACAACAACAAAAGAAUCGAUGUCAGCAAGAUAUAUGCUCCAAAAGACCCAUUUGAAUCCGGUUCUUCUCGGUCUGGGGAGAAUCACCAGAGAGUAAACCUUCAGAGAACACUGAAAGCAAGAGUGCCCCUGAAAGAGAUGGUAGGUUACCUAAAGCAUCUGCGCAGCAUGACCGGCGGCCGCGGUACGUUCGUGAUGAGCGUCGACCGUUUCGAGAAGGUUACCGGUCCACGAGAGAAAGCACUCAUUCAAGAGCUGCGAGGAGGGUUUGUAUAG